AUGGGGCCGGAAAUCGAGUGGGUAAGGGAACAGGGAGUUUUGGUAAGAGGAGGAACAAGACCCACACCCUCUGCAUUAGGUGUGGGCGCCGUAGCUUUCACCUCCAGAAGAGCCGUUGCUCCGCCUGUGCUUUCCCCGCUGCCCGCAAGAGGAAAUUAUGGCUGUGCUACUCCAUCAUCUGUAAAUAGUAGUAAAGAUUCAAUCCGGUGUCUGCUUCUGGCCCCGAGUAAAGAUUCAAGCCCCCUUGCCUGCUUGUUGAUCGGUGUCGGCUACUCAUGGAUGAUUUAUGUGUAUAAAGUACCAGUUUAUGAAUAUCUCGAUAAUUGUGACCUCCGCCCGUUUAGCUUUCUAAUAUACAACUGGAGUGAGAAGGCAAUCCGGAGGAAGACAACUGGAACUGGAAGGAUGAGAUAUCUCCGCAAUGUCCCUCGCAGGUUCAAGAGUGGGUUCAGAGAAGGCACUCAAGCAGAACCAAGGAAGAAGGGUGCAGCCGCAUCUGCUUAA